AUGGCUUUGAGCACUCAAAUAGCCUCCUCCUCAUCUCUUGCUUCAGCGGCUGAACCACCUCCUCGUUGGAAAUACGACGUCUUCUUGAGUUUCAGAGGUCAAGACACGCGUUGGGGUUUCAUCUCCCAUUUAUACCACCAACUGGAGCUCUGUAAUUUAUUCAAGACUUUCAAGGAUGACCGAGAGCUUGAAAUCGGAUCUGAGAUCUCCCCGGAGCUAUUAAGCGCUAUCGAACAUUCUCAUCUCGCCAUCGUUGUUAUCUCACCCAACUAUGCUUCUUCCACCUGGUGCUUGGAUGAACUUGCCAAGAUUAUCGAGUUCAUGGAACCCGGAGAUAAGAGAGUUCUCCCGGUUUUCCUUAAUGUGGAUCCGUCCGACGUUCGACAUCAAAGGAAUAGCUUUACUGAAGCCUUUGCUAAGCAUGAAGUGAAGUUCAGUGACGACCCCAAGAAGGUGGAGAGGUGGAGACAUGCUUUGAGAAAAGUGGCCAAUCUAUCUGGAUGGGAUGCAAAGAAUUAUAAAUGUGAACGUGAGCUUACAGAUGUCAUUGUGAAGAGUGUGUGGGAGAAAUUACGUCCUACGAUCACAUUGUCUAAUUCCGAAGAAAAGUUAGUCGGAAUGGAUUUUAGACUUGGGCAAAUGGGUUUGCUUUUAGCUCUUGAGGAAAAAGAAGUUCGAUUUAUAGGUAUAUGGGGUAUGGGUGGAGUGGGUAAGACCACCCUUGCUAAGCUAGUGUACGAGAACAUUUUCCAUCAUUUUGAAGUGGCUGAGUUUCUUGUUGAUGUCAGGAAGUCUUGCGGUCAACUAGUGAAUCUUCAGAAACAGGUUCUUUUCCCAGUCUUGAAAGAAAAUGUUUCGCAAGUUUGGGAUGAGUACAAAGGAACCCAUUUAUUUAGGAAAUGCAUGUCUAAUAAAAAGGUUCUUCUUGUUGUUGAUGAUGUUGAUUGCUGUGACCUCCUAAAAAAGUUGGCCGGACAUAAAUCUUGGUUUGGUGAGGGGAGCAGAAUCAUUAUUACGACUAGAGAUGAACGUGUGCUCAUUGAGAAUGACAUAGAAAUAUCAUUUAAGCUAUCAGGGCUAGAUGACUGUGAAGCUCUUGAGCUAUUUUGUCAAAAUGCCUUCAAAAAAGAUCUGCCUGAGGAAGGAUUUUCAGAGCUGUCCAAGUGUUUCAUAGAUUAUGUGGAAGGGCUUCCCUUAGCUCUUAAAAUCGUUGGAAGUUCUUUGUACAAUAGAGAUCUAGAGACAUGGGAAAGUGCUUGGGACAGACUAAAGAAAGGCUCUGAUGCAAAGGUUUUUAAUUCACUCAAAAUAAGUUAUGAUGCACUAGAUUACAUGGAGAAAAACAUUUUUUUGGAUGUUGCAUUCUUCCACAGGGGGAUUACGAAGGCCCGAGUUAUUGAAUUGCUAAAUAGCUGUGGCCUUAGUGGUCGUUAUGGGAUAGAUGUUCUCAUUGAGAAAUCUCUAGUGACUAUUGAUAUGUACACCAAUGUUGGGAUGCAUGGUUUGAUACAAGAUAUGGCAGAGGAAAUUGUUCAUCAAGAAACUCCAGACUCUCGUGAAGAGCCUGGUCUUCGCAGCUGUUUGUUGCAUCGUAAUGACAUCUUUCAUGUAUUCAUGACUAAUACGGGAACAGAAGCAAUUAAAGGUAUCCGCUUGUGCCUAUCAGAAUUAGAAGAGGCAGAUUCAAACUGGAAUUUUGAAUGCUUUUCUAAGAUGCUCAAACUGAGGUUUCUUGAAUUUGAUAAUCUAAUAAUUAGUUCAGGCCCUAAAUUCCUCCCAAAUUCCUUGAUAAUACUCAGAUGGAGUUGGUAUCCUUCCAAGUCUCUUCCAACAUGUUUCCGACCAAACUUACUUGCUGAACUUAAAAUGCAGAAAGGCAAAUAUUUGAAGAAGACCCCAGAUUUCACAGGUAUGCCGAAUCUUGAGGACUUGAAUCUUGCAGAUUGUGAGGGUUUAGUUGAAGUCCAUCCAUCCAUUGCAGUGCACAAAAAACUUAAGCGGUUAACACUCCAAAGAUGUAAAAACGUUAAGAGCUUCCCAAGUAAGAUUGAAAUGGAUUCCCUCGAGUCUCUCGACCUUUCCUACUGCUCAAAACUAAAGAUUCCAGAAUUUGGAGAAGGGAUGGAAAAGUUAUCUUACAUGUACAUGCUCGGUACUGCUACUGAGGAACUACCUUCAUCAAUUGAACAUCUGAUGCCCAAAACUGAAGAAACUAGUAGAAAAUACGGGAGAGACAGAGUGUUUGAAACCGUCUAUGAGAAGUAA